AGAUGAGAUAUUCGGUGAGGUCAUUUCUGGAGAAGGAGCUGGCUCCAUAUGCCAACGACAUUGACAAACAGAACGACUUCCCCCAGAUGAGGGAGUUCUGGAAGAAGUUGGGAUCCAUGGGUCUCCUAGGAAUCACAGCUCCAGAGUCCCAUGGAGGGCUGGGAUUGGGGUACCUGGAACACUGUGUGGUUCUGGAGGAGAUGAGUCGAGUCAGCGCCGCGGUAACCCUCAGCUACGGAGCUCACUCUAACCUCGCCGUGAACCAGAUAGUCAGAAACGGCAGCGAGUCACAGAAACAGAAGUUCUUGCCCAAACUAAUCAGUGGUGAUCACGUGGGGGCUCUGGCAAUGAGUGAGACCACCAGUGGCUCUGAUGUCGUCAGUAUGAAGCUGAGAGCAGAGGACAAAGGAGACCACUACCUGUUCAACGGCCACAAGUUCUGGAUCACCAAUGGACCGGAUGCUGAUGUGAUGGUGGUCUACGCCAAGACCAACCCGGACGCCGGUGCUCGCGGCAUCACUGCCUUCAUUGUGGAGAAGGAUGUGUCCAAGUUCACAACCAGUCCCAAACUGGACAAACUGGGAAUGAGAGGGUCCAACACCUCUGAGGUCAUCUUUGACAACGUACAGGUUCCAGCUGAGAAUGUUCUGGGGGAGGUGAACGAGGGAGUGUGUGUGUUGAUGAGUGGACUGGAUUAUGAGAGAGUCAUACUGGCAGCUGGACCGCUGGGGAUCAUGCAGGCCUGCAUCGACACCGCAUUUCCUUACCUCCACGACAGAGAACAGUUCGACGAAAAGAUUGGAAAGUUUCAGUUGAUGCAGGGUAAGAUGGCCGACAUGUACACCAGACUCUCAGCCUGCAGAACAUACGUCUAUUCUGUGGCCAGAGCAUGUGACAAAGGUCACGCUGAUAACAAGGACUGUGCCGGUGUCAUACUUUUUGCUGCAGAAACUGCUACUCAAGUUGCUCUCGAUGCCAUCCAGUGUCUAGGUGGAAAUGGCUACAUCAAUGAGUAUCCAACAGGCAGGUUCCUAAGGGAUGCAAGCUCUAUGAAAUUGGAGCUGGAACAAGUGAAAUACGAAGAUGGGUCCUGGGCCGUGCCUUUAACGAGAUGUUUGAGUGACACUUAUAUUUUACGUUUUUUUCCGUCGUCCGUUGUGUUGUUUUUUGCGCGUGAAUUGAAUUUUCAAUGCGCAUGCGUGUGG